UGCAGUUAAACUCACUGUCCUCCCUCCAGGAGGCCCUGAGGCUUGGUCCAGGAGACAUUGUUUAACUAAGGUGGGGCACUACCUGGUGAGCGCAUAUAAGGAAGAGCCUGAGGGAAGAACCCGGAACUCUGGGACUCUGCCACAGGGCUGACUCACCUGCCACCCUCCUCUGCCACUCUCCAUCCCACAAAGCUGCUGCUGCUGAGCCAGUCCUGACCUGGAAUACUGCUGACAUCACAUGCGCUCAUCUAGGAAACAGCUCCUGUGCCAUUUUUCUUGCUAGACUCAAGAGAUAAACCAGAGAAGGAAAAGGCCUUAGGCAUCUUCUAAGGAGAGUCAUGGCACACAACCAGGAGACUCUAGCCAAGACCCCUGUCAUCAAAUUCAAGGGCCAAGACUUCAACUUCUUGCGGGAUCAUUGCCUAAGCAGAGGUCUGCUGUUUGAGGAUGAGACCUUCCCUGCGGAAACUUCCUCCAUAGGUCUGCAGCUGCUCCAGGGAAAAAACCUCUCCAGCCUGAUGUGGAGACGGCCAAAGGAUAUAUUAGAGGGUAAAUCAGAACCUCACUUCAUCCUGGAAGGUGCAAGCAGAUUUGACAUCCAACAAGGAGAGGCCGGAGAUUGCUGGUUCCUGGCAGCACUGGGCUCCUUGACACAAAAUCCACAGCACCUGCAGAAGAUCCUGAUGGACCAAAGCUUUUCAUGCCACUACGCAGGGAUCUUCCGUUUCCGGUUUUGGCAGUGUGGCCAGUGGGUUGAAGUGGUGGUUGAUGAUCGCCUGCCUAUCCUCAACAGGGAAUAUCUCUUUGUGCAUCCUCGUAACAACAACCAAGAGUUUUGGCCCUGCCUGCUGGAGAAAGCUUAUGCCAAGUUUCGUGGGUCCUAUCUCAACCUGCACUACGGCUUCCUUCCUGAUGCCCUGGUGGACCUCACAGGAGGGGUGGUCACCGGCAUCGACCUGCACUCCUUUCCUUCUGACCUGGUGAUGAUGCUGAAGACAGCAGCCAAGGCAGGCUCCCUGAUGACCUGCGGCACCCCGGCCUCGCCGACAGGUGAGGCCAGAAGAAUGGAAGACGGCCUGGUGAGUCAGCAUGCCUACACAGUGACCGGAGCCGAGAGGAUUCAGUACCGGGGGAGCUGGGAGGAUCUUAUCCGCCUGUGGAACCCCUGGGGCAACACGGAAUGGAGAGGGCGCUGGGCGGACGGGUCACCAGAAUGGCAGGAAACCCACCACCAAUGGAGAAGACUGCUGUAUGAAAAUAAGGACGAUGGCGAGUUUUGGAUGUCAUGUCAAGAUUUCCAAGACAACUUUUCCUGCCUAUACGUAUGUAACCAAUUUCCAGUCAGUCUAAACCAUGGAAACAUGCCUCCUGAAAGAUGGUCCCAAAUGAUGUUUAAGAACCAUGCAGUUCCAGGAAACACCACAGAAGAACUUCUGAGGGACAUGCAGUUCAUCUUCUCUGUGCCAGAGAGUAUGGAAGACAACAAUGUCGUCAUGUCCUUCAACAUCAUGCCGCAAAAUUUAAAGGCAAAAGAUGAGAAAUUUCCACUCACCUUCAAGGUAUUCAAGGUCGACCCUCAGUUCCAGCCCUUCUGGAAGAGGUUGCCACCCACCUUCUUUUCUCAAUUCAGAAAUGCUGUCAAGGGCAUAGUUUCUAAAACCAAGUGCAACCUCACAAAGUACUUCAGUCUGAGCCCUGGGACCUACGUGGUGGUCAUCGCCACAUACAGAGAAGUUGAGUUUUUGCUCCGGAUCUUCCUGAAAAUGCCAGAUGGUGACAGGAACCCGAGCAGCAAUUUCAGCCUUACAACACUAAAGGCAAGUCUUCUGGAAAAUGGCUCCCAAGGAAGCAUCUUCCACAAAUACGCUCACCAGGGGCUGGACAUUGAUGCAACCCAGCUUCAGAGCCUUCUCAACCAAGAGCUCCUGAGAGGAACUCCAGGGGACACCUUCUCUUUGGAUGAGUGCCGGAGCAUCGUGGCCCUGAUGGAUCUCAAAGCGAAUGGGAGGCUUGAGCAGGAGGAGUUUUCAAGGCUGUGGAGCCGUCUCGUCCAGUGCCAGAGUGUUUUCCAGAACAUCCAGAAACGUUCCGGAGUUUUCCUGAGUGUGGAUUUGUGGAAGGCUAUAAAGGAUGCGGACUUCCUUGCAGGGACCUCCGUCAGCAACGAGCUUCUGGAUCUCAUGACCCUCCGGUACAGUGAUCACAAUGGCAGGGUCAGCUUCCCCAGCCUGGUCUGCUUCCUGUUGCGACUUGAAGCCAUGGCAAAGACUUUCCAGAACCUCUCCAAUGAUGGAAAAGGACUCUACCUGACAAAAAUGGAGUGGAUGAACCUGGUCAUGUACAAUUGAAGCAAGGAGUAAAGCAGACCCCAGAGUCCAGUAAAUCCAUCUCCUGUAUCCUGCAGACCAAAGACACUCUUUUUGGGACAUGGAAGUCUGGAUUUGCCUGUAGCAAGGUGAAACUUCUUACCUUCUUUGGCCAACAUACACCUGGAGAUGACUAUAGAACCUGGGGUAUCCAGCCUUCCAGAUCUGGCCUUUUUUUUAGUUUGUUUAUUUAUUUUGAAAGAGAGACCAUGAGCGGGCAGAGAGAGAGAGAGAGAGAGAGAGAGAGAGAGAAUCCCAAGCAGGCUCCAUGCUGUCAGCACAAAGCCCA